UUGGAUUUGGCUAAGGAGGUACUUAAAACGACGCCGCAGGGGAACCCGAUGCAUUUCGCGAGAAGGUUGGGGCUGGAGAGUGUGAUUAGGGAGCUCGAAGGGGCAAUAUUCGAGUACGCCGAGGUGCAGGAGUUGCUGGAGAAGAGAGGGAAGGGGGAUCGCGUGGAGUAUUUGGUCAAAUGGAAGGACGGUGGAGAUAACGAGUGGGUCAACGCGAAGUUGAUAGAUGACGAUCUGGUGCGGGAUUUCGAGGCUGGGCUCGAGUACGCCGUGGCGGAGGGUGUGGUGGGGAAGAGAGUUGGGGAUGAAGGGACGAUGGAGUACUUGGUGAAAUGGACGGAUAUAGAUGAGGCCACGUGGGAGCCGGAGGAGAAUGUUGAUCCUGAUUUGAUUAAGGAGUUUGAGGAGGCCCAGAAUGUGAGUGGGCCGGGGAGUGUGGAGGAAGCCCAAUUGACAAAGUAGGAAAAGAAUUGGGUUUUGUUUGUUCUUGUGUAUUGAUUUGAAAUGCUCAUAUGGCAUAAUUUGUUGAUCAAUAUAACAUGAAGGAAAAUUCAAAUGUCU